CUUGGUCACGUGAGGCUGCUUCGACCCAAAAUGGCCGCUGUUGUAUUUUGACGUAUAAUAGCUCGCUACUUUUCUUUUUGUUUCAUUCUUCGUUGAAAACUAGAAAACGGGAGACAUUUGGAGGGAAUUUGACCUACCAAUGUCUGUAUGAUGUUUUUCUAGUUUUCAUCUGGAGGACAAUCAAGACUGACAACUAUUUGUUGAACGAUUUAGACUAUGCAGUGCAAGUAAGAGCUAGCUAGCAGGCUCUGGCUGGCAAAGUGAGGCGGCCGAAAGUGAACUAGCUCGUUGAUUUAGCUGCGGUAAUGGAGGAGCUAAGCGCAGAUGAGAUUCGCAGAAGGCGACUGGCACGACUAGCCGGAGGGCAGACUUCACAACCCAGUACCCCUCUUAGCACUCCGCUGACAUCUCCACAGAGAGAGACUCCACCUGGAUCCCUCCCUGGACCCUCAGGUGCUGCACUUCAGCCUGUGCCACCAGCUGCUUCUCAAUCAUUGGGGCUAAAUGUCCACAGCGGUACUCCAGCAACAUCCCCCAUGGGCAACUCCGGUGUGGUAUAUGGCAGUCAAAGCAGUGAAGGUGUCAGUUCCCUCUCCAGCUCCCCCUCCAACAGCUUGGAGACUCAGUCACAGAGUUUGUCCAGAUCACAGAGCAUGGACAUUGACCCUGCCUCCUGUGAAAAGAGCAUGUCCCAGGUGGAUGUGGACUCAGGGAUAGAAAACAUGGAGGUGGAUGACGGCGAUCGCAGGGAGAAGAGGAAUCUGACCGAAAAGGAAACGUGUUCCACCUCAGAUGUUACUGAAGAACAGGCUCUGCACCUCAUCUGUAAGAUACUCCGCGUAUCGUGGAAGGAACAGGGGAGAGAUGUCAUCUUUCUCCCGUCAUUAGCUGCAGAAUUCCACCAGAACUCUAAAGAAGUGUAUUCUGACUUCAAAGACCUUAUCGGUCAGAUCCUGAUGGAAGUCUUAAUGAUGUCAUCCCAGUCACGUCUUCACAACCCUUUUGCCAGCUUGACCGCCACAUCACAGCCAAUCGCAGCAGCGAAAUCCAAUGACCACCGCCUGACGCUUGUGCAGCCUUCCAGUCAAGGAAGCAGCCCUAUAGGCCCCAGUGCUGGGUCGUUUGGAGCCAGCUCCCUGUCUAGUCUUGGCGCAUGCGGAGGGGGGGCGUCUUGUGAUUCAGGCAGCGACCGCUUCACCAUUGAAGCAUGCAAAGAGACAGAGAUGCUGAACUACCUCAUUGAGCGUUUUGACAGCGUUGGCAUGGAGGAAAAAAAAGCUCCCAAGAUGUGUAGCCAACCGAAUGUCAGCCAGCUUCUCAGUAACAUCCGUUCUCAGUGCAUCUCUCAUGUUGCUCUGGUCCUGCAGGGCACCCUGACCCAACCACGGAGCCCCCUUCAACCGUCUCUGCUGGUACCUUACAUGCUGUGCCGGAACCUUCCAUACGGCUUUAUUCAGGAGCUUGUGCGCAUUACCUAUCAGGAGGAAGAAUUGUUCAAACAGAUCUUUAUUCCCAUCAUCCAUGGGCUCGCACUUGCAAUGAAAGAAUGUUCCUUUGACCAUGACAACUUUAAGUUUCCACUCAUGGCAUUGUCUGAACUUUGUGAAAUUAAGUUUGGGAAGUGCCAUCCUGUGUGCAGUUUGGUUACCUCCCUGCCACUUUGGUGUCUGAAACCUCUGAGCCCUGGCUGUGGUAGAGAGAUCCAGAAACUGUCCUACCUGGGAGCAUUCUUUAGCCUCUCUGUGUUUGCAGAGGAUGAUGCCAAGGUAGCUGACAAGUAUUUCUCUGGCCCUGCCAUCACCAUGGAGAACACUCGAGUUGUCAGUCAGUCAUUACAGCACUACCUUGAAUCAGCAAGGGGUGACAUGUUUAAAAUUCUCCACAACAUCCUUCUUAACGGUGAAACACGAGAGUUAGCUCUUAAUUACAUGGCAGCUUUAGUCAACAACAAUGUGAAGAAAGCUCAGAUGCAGACUGAUGACAAGCUGGUGUCGACAGAUGGCUUCAUGCUUAACGUUCUAUGGGUGCUACAACAGCUUAGCAUGAAGAUUAAGCUGGAGACGGUGGACCCCAACUACAUUUUCCAUCCGCGGUGUCGCCUCGCUGUCAGUGUGAAAGAGACUCGUCUCAAAGCCACCAUGGAGGAGCUCAAAAGCUGGCUGGCUGAACUGCAUGAAGAUCCUAUCAAGUUCCCAGAUCCAAAGUUCCCAACUGAGUGCUUCUUCCUGACACUUCACGCUCAUCAUUUAUCUAUCCUGCCCUGCUGCCGGCGCUACAUACGCAGAUUGCGUGCCAUCCGUGAACUCAACAGGACUGUAGAAGAGCUCAAAAACAGUGAAAAUCAAUGGAAAGAUUCUCCUCUGGCCAAUCGGCACAGAGAGAUGCUCAAACGAUGCAAGGCUCAGCUUAAGAAACUGGUCAGAGCCAAAGCUUGUGCUGACGUGGGCCUUUUGGAUGAGAACCUGCUCCGCAGAUGUCUGCAGUUUUAUAGCACAGUCAUUCAGCUCAUCCUUCAUAUGGUAGACCCUGCCUACCCCAAUGUUAGCCUGCCGCUGAAUCCCGAGAUUCCCAAAAGCUUUGCUGCUCUACCUGAGUUUUACAUCGAAGAUGUGGCAGAAUUUCUGCUUUUCGUUGUGCAGUACGCGCCCCAGGUUUUAUAUGAGCCAUGUAUCCAGGACAUCGUCACAUUUCUGGUGGUGUUCAUCUGCAGUCAGAACUACAUCAGGAACCCAUACCUUAUCGCCAAGUUGGUGGAGGUGCUCUUCGUGACAAACCCUGCUGUGCAGCCUCGUACUCAGCGAUUCUCUGAAAUGAUGGAAAACCAUCCCUUGUCUAUCAAACAGCUGGUUCCUGCUCUCAUGAAGUUUUACACUGAUGUUGAGCACACUGGUGCUACAAGCGAGUUCUAUGACAAGUUCACUAUACGAUACCAUAUCAGUACUAUCUUCAAGAGUCUCUGGCAGAACAUUGCCCACCAUGGAACCUUCAUGGAGGAGUUCAACUCUGGCAAGCAGUUUGUGCGCUACAUCAACAUGCUAAUUAAUGACACCACCUUCUUGCUAGACGAGAGCCUGGAAUCCCUGAAGCGAAUUCAUGAGGUCCAAGAGGAGAUGAAGAAUAAGGAGCAGUGGGAGCAGCUGCCUAGGGAGCAGCAGCAGAGCCGCCAGUCCCAGCUGACUCAGGAUGAGCGGGUGUCUCGCUCUUAUCUGGCCCUGGCUACAGAAACGGUUGAAAUGUUCCACAUCCUCACGAAGCAGGUUCAAAAGCCUUUCCUCAGACCUGAGUUGGGGCCUCGGUUAGCUGCUAUGCUGAACUUUAACCUUCAGCAGCUCUGUGGGCCUAAGUGCCGGGACCUUAAGGUGGAGAACCCUGAGAAGUAUGGCUUUGAGCCCAAGAAGCUUCUAGACCAGCUGACAGACAUCUACCUGCAGUUAGACUGCGCCCGCUUUGCGAAAGCAAUCGCAGACGACCAGCGGUCAUACAGCCGUGAGCUCUUUGAAGAGGUGAUCUCAAAGAUGAGGAAGGCUGGAAUCAAGUCCUCUAUCGCCAUUGAAAAAUUCAAGCUGCUAGCAGAGAAGGUAGAGGAGAUAGUUGCCAAGAACUCCCAAUCUGAAAUGGACUACAGUGAUGCGCCUGAUGAGUUUAAAGACCCUCUGAUGGACACUCUGAUGACUGACCCUGUGAUGCUGCCCUCGGGAAAUAUCAUGGACAGAUCCAUCAUCUUGCGCCACCUGCUCAAUUCCCCGACUGACCCUUUCAACAGGCAGCCACUCACAGAAAGCAUGCUGGAGUCAGUGCCUGAACUAAAGGAAAGGAUCAAUGCCUGGAUGAAAGAAAAACAGAGCAGACGGCCCCUCUAAGGACUGUCAGACGGCUAUCGAGAAGGGAUCUGUCCAAAUCGCCUAAAUUCAGUGUCACUCCUACGAAUGAUAACAUUUGAAUGGGGUAUUAAAAAGGAGACCCGAUUUUCUUUUCUUUUCUUUUUUUUUGUGCAUUUUUUCUUUUUAUUUCAAACCAUUGUGAUGGUUCUUAAAGCAAAAUAUAAUAAAGAUAAGACUUUUAAUUGUUUUCCUCAUGAGUUUGUGUACAUAAAUCACAAUACACAUAUUUAACAAUAGUUGGUUAAUGCAAUAAAAUGCUGCAAAAUGUUUUCAACACCAAUGGUUUUACAGAAUCACACAGUCACAAAUCUUCGUUUAUUUUUUGUUUUGUUACAGAUUUUUUUUUUUUUUUUGCUUUAUUACAGACUUAUUUGAGGGAAAGUAGAAAAACAUGAUUUGGAACCAUCUAUAGUCUGAUUGUUGCUUUAUCCAGGUUGUGGUAAUGGACUUCACUAAACAUUAAACAUGCUGGUGUGCCAGAAUUUGUGCACGCUUACUCUUACGAAGUGAACAGCUAUGAGUAAAGAUGGAUUACACAUUAAUGUGAAUUAACAUAAAACUUUAGCUGACCUUCGGUGCAGAAAAGUGUUGAGCAGUGGCUUUCCAACCUUCAUGGUGAUCGCAUAUGUCAAACUUGUUUCCCAUGUGGAUGUUCAAUCUGAAGAGGGUGUGCAAGGGAUCAUGGGACGUUGUGGGAGCACAUGUUAUCUCAGCUGAUUUAAGCCUAAAUGGCUCUGUACCUGACCUGACCUUGCUGCCCUUAACUUUACAGUAAAUUAUUUCCUUCAGCUACAUACCUGUUUUGCAAUUUAGGAUUUUGAAUUGUAAUAAAUGAUGGACAGUUCA